AUGACUACAUUUACAACACAAGACAUUGAUGCGAUGUUCGGAGGCCUUGCAAAGUGUUUGCAACACAUCUACGCAAGUUUAGAUGUCGUUGCGAUACGAUGUGCGUUAGAGCUCCAUAUUCCGGACGUAAUAAACCACCACGACGGGCCCAUCACCUUGGCUCAAAUCGCUCACGGAAUCAACUCAUCGUCACUAAACAUUGAAGGCCUCUCACGCCUAAUGUCGUUUCUGGUCAAGAGACAAAUAAUCGAUCAAGUGCAUCAACCUGCAGAGACCGACGAACCACUCUACACCCUCAACCCGUGCUCUAAAUGGCUCGUACAAGAUCCCAAAACCACCACCAUUGCACCUUACGUGAUGAUGGUUACAAACUCGUCUCUACGCUCGCUUUUGGGGAACCUAAGUAAAUGCAUCGCGCAAGGGGGUACGACAGCUAUGAAUGCUUUCGGGGUCGAUUUCUGGAGCUUCCUUUCCGUCAACCCUCGUGUUAACGACGUCUUCAACGAAGGAAUGGCGUGUGGAACACGGAUCACCAUGGAUGCAUUGAAGUCAAAGUACAGAUUCGAUGAGUUGAAAGGAACUUUGGUUGAUGUUGGUGGUGGUCUUGGGGCUGCCAUUAAUGAUAUCGUCACUGCAUAUCCACAUCUUAAAGGUAUUAACUUUGACUUGCCACAGGUUAUAUCAACUGCACCAACAUAUAAAGGAGUUACCCAUGUUGGAGGUGACAUGUUUGAAGCCAUCCCCCCUGCAGAUUCUGUCUUCUUGAAGUCGGUUCUACAUGACUGGAGCGAUAACAAAUGUAUUCAGAUACUUAAAAACUGUCGGGAUUCCAUACCUGGGAAAACGGGUAAAAUUAUUAUAGUGGAUACCAUCUUGCAUCGUGGAGGAGAUGAUGCGUUUGAGUAUACACGUACUGCUCAUGAUCUCAUGAUGUUCUCAUUAUUCGAAAAUGGAAAAGAAAGGACAGAGGUAGAAUGGAAGACGAUAUUGAACGAAGCAGGCUUUUAUCGUUACAAUGUUAUCCAAAUUCCUGCAAUCGAAUCCAUCAUUGAAGUCUAUUCAGAUUGAUGUGAACGGGUUCAUCUCAAAUGCACGGUCUACAGUUGGCUUCC